AUGGCAGCCCCUACCGUCGUCUUACUUCCGGUAUGGGGUGCCGGCCACCUUAUGCCCAUGCUCGAGGCCGGCAAGCGGCUGCUCACCCGCGGCCGCUGUGCGGUCUCGCUCACCGUGCUCGCCAUCCCACCACCGCCCACGGAGGAGCUCGCGGCCGACCUCGACGCCUACAUACGAAGGGAGGAGGCCUCCGGCCUCGACAUCCGCUUCGUCCGCCUCCCCGCCGUGGAGCCGCCGACGGACUCCCGCGGCAUCGAGGAGUUCGUCUCCAGGCUGGUCCAGCUGCACGCACCCCACGUCAGGGCGGCGAUCUCCAGCCUGUCGUCCCCGGUGGCCGCGUUCGUCAUCGACUUCUUCUGCACGACGCUGCUCGACGUGUCCCGCGAGCUCGCCGUGCCCGCGUACGUCUACUUCACCGCCAGCGCCGGGAUGCUCGCGCUCUUCCUGUGCCUCCCGUCGCUCCACGAGGAGGUGACGGUCCAGUUUGAGGAGAUGGAGGGCGCCGUGGACGUACCUGAGCUGCCGCCGGUGCCGCCGUCUUCCCUCCCGACGCCAGUGAUGGACAAGAAUAGCCCCAACUACACGUGGUUCGUGUACCACGGCAGGCGGUUCGCCGAGGCCGACGGCAUCAUCGUCAACACGUCUGCCGAGCUCUAG